AGGCGGGUGCCGUGGCGUGCGUCUCCGUCUCCGUCGCAGGCUCGCAGCCGUGCGCCACCGUCUCCGCCACCCUCACCACCCAGGUCGGGUCCCAUUCCAAUCCUCGGCGCAACCAUCUACUGACGUCGUGAACCCCACAUGCCCAACGCCACGAACUAGCCGGCGGAUUCCCCGCCAUUUGGUCGUCCCCAAGCGCGCCCGAGAUGUACCACGCGAUGCGGCUGCGCUGCCUCCUCCUGCACCCGCCGCUCUGGUGCAAUUCCAGCUCCCUUGGCAUCUCCGCGAGCGGCGCUGGCGGCGGGUGCUUCGUCAGGAGGUUCAGCGCGGUCGGGGCGCCGCGGCCGCACGGCCCUGCCCGGCGGCUGUGCCGGUUCUACGGCUCCAAAGGCGGCGUCGGCAGCGCGGAGGCGAGGGGCGUCGCGGCGGCCUCUUCGGCGGCCGGGAGCAGCGGGAGGUGCAUCGAGCAGGAGCACGCGCGGCUCGGGGAGAGGGACCAGCAGGAGUGGCUGAGCGGCGAGCGGUUCCUCACCGGCUGCAAGAGGCGGGAGUCGCCGUUUCUCACCAAGCGAGAGAGGUUCCGGAACGAGUUCCUGCGCCGCCUGGUUCCGUGGCAGAAGGGGACCCUAUCGUGGCAGAAUUUUCCCUACUACGUCAAUGAGAACGCGAGGUGCCUGCUGAGUGAGUGUGUGGCGUCCCACCUGCGGCACAAGGGCGUCACUUCAGAGUAUGGCUCCCGGCUGCCAUCCUCUGGAGGGAGGAUAUUGCUCCAGAGCUCGCCAGGAACUGAGCUUUACAGGGAGAGAUUGGUUAGAGCUCUCGCAUAUGAGCUGCGAGUGCCGCUACUUGUCCUGGACAGCAGUGUUCUUGCACUAUAUGAUUACGGGGAAGAUUACUCAGAAAGCGAGGAGGACGACGAGCAUGCUGAGUCUGAGGAUGAAGGCUCAGAGUCUGAAAUGGGAAAUGAUGGUGACGAAGAUUGGACAAGCAACAAUGAAAAGUCUAGUGAAAGUGACGACGAGGAUGCUAUCAAAUCUGUGGAAGACUUGAAGAAGUCGGCGGAUGACCUAAAAAAGUUGGUUCCUUGUAAUAUUGAGGAAUUCGCCGAGAGAAUUGUUGGUGGUGAAGAAAGUACAGCAUCAGAAUCUUCUGAAACUCCUGAGUCAUUAGAGGAAGAGAAAAGGCCUUUCCAAAGGGGCGAUAGGGUCAAGUUUGUUGGGGCCUCCGCAGUUGUUGAAGCAGAUCAGAGGAUCAUUUUGGGGAAAAUACCUACUCAAGAUGGCUCAAGAAAUGCCUAUACUUUUAUUAGUGGCAGGACUUUAUCAAAUGGACAGCGUGGGGAGGUAUACGAGAUCAAUGGUGAUCAAAUUGCUGUCAUAUUUGACCCUCCAACAGAGAAAUCACAUGAUGAUGAUAAAGAUGUAACUAGCAAGGAGGAAAAUGCAAAACCAACUAGUUACUGGGUUGAUUCUCAGGAUAUUGCGCAUGAUCAUGAUACUGAAUCGGAAGAUUGGCAUAUCGCACUUGAUGCACUUUGUGAGGUUCUCCCAUCUUUAGAGCCAAUAAUUGUCUACUUUCCAGACAGUUCCCAAUGGUUAUCUAGAGCGGUUUCAAAAUCAGAUCGCAGAGAGUUUGUGCAAAGGGUUGAGGAAAUGUUUGACCGACUUACCGGACCAGUAGUAUUGAUAUGUGGGCACAACAUAAUGGCAGCAGCACCCAAGGAUAAGGAAGCUCCCACGCUGAUGUUCCACAAUCUCUCUCGCCUGUCUUCACUGCCAUCAUCACUGAAGCGGCUGGUAGGGGGCAUAAAGGGACAAAAAUACUCGAGGUCCAGUGACAUAGCAAAGCUCUUCACCAAUAGUCUCAUUGUUCCUCUUCCAGAGGAAGAUGAGCAACUACGAGUUUUCAAUAACCAGAUCGAAGAGGAUAGAAAAAUUAUUAUUUCAAGGCAUAACCUUGUUAAAUUGCACAAGGUGCUUGAAGAGCAUGAUCUAUCUUGCGUGGAGCUUUUGCAUGUGAAGUCUGAUGGUGUUGUUUUAACAACACAAAAAGCAGAGAAGGUCAUUGGAUGGGCUAGAAGUCAUUAUCUGUCAUCAACAGUUCUUCCUUCUAUCAAAGGUGACAGGUUAAUCAUUCCCCGUGAGAGUCUGGAUAUAGCAAUUGAGAGGCUAAAGGAGCAGGGUAUUACAACUAAGAAAUCCUCUCAAAAUUUGAAGAUUUUGGCUAAAGAUGAGUAUGAACGCAAUUUCAUUUCCGCUGUUAUACCUCCCAAUGAAAUUGGAGUUAAAUUCGAGGAUAUUGGUGCACUCGAGGACGUCAAGAGGACAUUGGAUGAACUUGUUACUCUUCCUAUGAGGAGGCCUGAGCUUUUUUCACACGGGAACUUAUUAAGGCCCUGUAAAGGUGUGUUGCUUUUUGGCCCUCCUGGAACAGGAAAAACACUCUUGGCAAAAGCCCUUGCAACAGAAGCUGGAGCAAAUUUUAUCAGCAUAACUGGUUCUACACUUACAUCAAAGUGGUUUGGAGACGCUGAGAAGCUCACGAAGGCCCUUUUCUCCUUUGCCAGUCGACUAGCCCCGGUUAUCAUAUUUGUGGACGAGGUUGACAGCUUACUUGGUGCAAGAGGAGGUGCAUUUGAGCAUGAAGCAACAAGAAGGAUGCGAAAUGAAUUUAUGGCAGCUUGGGAUGGUCUCAGAUCCAAAGAGAGCCAACGGAUCCUCAUUCUUGGUGCGACAAAUCGUCCAUUUGAUCUGGAUGAUGCUGUGAUACGGCGUUUACCUAGACGGAUACAUGUUGACCUUCCAGACGCACAGAACCGAAUGAAAAUCCUCAAGAUUUUACUUGCUAAAGAAAAACUAGAAUCUGAUUUUAAAUUUGAUGAACUUGCAAAUGCCACAGAAGGUUAUUCAGGGAGCGACCUAAAGAACCUAUGCGUAGCUGCAGCAUAUAGGCCCGUUCAUGAACUUUUAGAGGAAGAAAAGAAGGGAGGUGUGAGUAACGAAAGCAGUUAUUUGAGACCCCUUAAAUUGGAUGAUUUUAUCCAAGCGAAAGCUAAGGUGAGCCCAUCUGUUUCCUAUGACGCAACAAGUAUGAAUGAAUUAAGAAAAUGGAAUGAACAGUAUGGGGAAGGUGGCAGCAGGACGAAAUCACCAUUUGGGUUUGGCAACUGACAUUGUAGCAGAGAUUUUUCCGACCCUGUAUUACCUGUAACAUCAAUAGGCUGUCUAUUUUAGCAUAGGAAAUCAGUUUUCCUUUUCUUUACCUAGAGCCUAUUUAUAUAACCUUGCAAUCACCCUGCACAAACAACAAAAUAUCUAAUUAAACGUCAUUUUUCCCUACUAUAUGCCGGUGGAUAUUACGGUGUAUAAUCAGAAGAAAUCAGAUUAUACACUAGAAAAUGAUGUAACUGAGCUACAAAUUUCUUCGGAUAAGUAUUAGUCUUGACAAGAUGUAAAUUGCUCCAGAAUUUUCAGUUAAUGUUUCCAACUCAAUAGAACAACUUCA